CGAUGUAACAAUUAACUUCGACAGCUGACAGAACCAACGUGAUUAAUGGCAUUGCUUGGCCUUAAGGAUGAACAAUUAGAUUGUUCAAAUGUCUCUUGGAAUGUUAAUAAGAUUGGAGGGGUGCCUGUAAAUAUCAUGUACACUACUGAAUUGACAUUGCUUUUAAAGUUGUUAAACUUUGAGUGGAACACGUGUUAUCAAGUGAAAUAAUAAUUAUUUAACAGGUUGGGAACACUUCCCCUAUAGAGAGAUAUUCUCGCUAAAACGCGAUUAUCCCUCUCUAGCGAGAAUAAAUAUAUCCCGAACAACAGAGAAAAACACCCGUGGAAUAAAUCUCUUCGUGUUUCACGUGAAAAGAAGAAAAAGUGCUAAAAUGUGUGAUGCUUCUGGAAAUAUAUUAAUCAAAACAAAAACACUCACGAUGUGUAUUGGAUUUCAGACUGCUUCUCUCUUACACAGCAACUUUGAUAUGAAAUUUCUUGACUAUGUUGUCAAUUUCAUAGAGACAAUUCGCUUCAUGUUGAGUGUGUGUCGCACUUAUUCAGCGUUGCACGGGAUUUGCCAUUAUUUUCAAUAAAGACACCAAAAUACCUGUUUAUGGAUUGGAUGCACCCAACAUGCAACAUACCAAAAUGCCCAUCUUGUAGCACUUCCAUGCUGCUAAUUGUUCAGCUGUACUGCCCUUUAGAGGGGUCCCCUUACCACAGGACUUUAUACUUGUUUACCUGUCCAAAAAAGCAGUGUUGGUGCAAAGAUGAAAGCUGGUGUGUCCUAAGGUCCCAGUCACUGGAUGCAAAUUACAGAAAACCCUCCCUCCCGGCGAAACUAGCGAAAGAAGACAUGUUUGCCACUGAGGAUGACUGGGGUGAAGAUGUAGGUGACUUGGGUGAUUUUCCUAUGAUCAGAGCUGGCAACGUAACAGAAGAGACUGCUAAAUCAAAUUCUAGGACAUUAGGUUAUUCAGAUGCAUUGAAAUGUGGGACUGAUGUUCAACAUCCUCCUGAUACUGCGUUCACUGAGGUAGCUGUGACAGAACGAGCGCUUAGUAAUGAAUUAGAUGACCUGACUAUCCAAGAUGGUGGGGAUGAAGAUAUAACUGUUGAUGACCAUGAAAAAUCUGCUGAUAAUGAGAAUGGAGAUGAUGAAAUGGUCAUACCGGAUGACACUUUACAAAAUGUGAUGCAACAGAUUGAAAACAGACAGACAACGAGCAGUGAUAUGGAUGAAGGGAUUACUUCAGAUAGACUUGUGUCCUAUUAUCUAAGUGUGAUUGAAGAAGCUACUUUGCAAGCAGAGGAAGACACAAGUCAUCUGAACAAAUUACUAAGUGACUAUCAGAGAAAUGAAGGGGUGGAUCUAGCUGGUUUACUCCAUUCAGAGUUACCUUCCAGCAGUGGGAAAGAUGGGAUUCAAAGUGUUGGAGAAAAGUAUGAAAGAACAGAAAUAAAACAUGGAGACAAGAUGUUUCACCGCUUCCGUAAACAAACUGCUUUAUGUCCUUCACAGUGUGUUAGGUAUCAAUGGAAUGGAAGACCUUUAUACAUCAGAGAGUCCAGUCCAUCACAGAAAUCAACCAUUGAUAAUAAGUCUUGUCCUAGUUGUGGUGGCCCUGUUGUGUUUGAACUACAGUUGAUGCCAGCCCUAGUAAACUUUCUGCAGACCUCAGAAAAUGCAGGACCCACCACUGAAUUUGGGACUUUGAUUGUGUUCACAUGUAAGAAUAGUUGCUGGGAUGAUCUGUCUAAAACGAGACAGGAGUGUGUUCAUUUGCAGCCGGAUCCAGACCAACAUCUGUUCAAAUAAAAACCACUGAUGUUGCUUGUUAUUAUUUCACUAUGCAAAACUAAUUUUCAUAUGAAGGUGGUAAAAUGUGACAGAAUAUUUCAAUUGUUAUGAAUUAUGGAGUAUUUUUAAUAAUUUUGUUUUUAGCUUUACCUGUGCCAUAAGCUCAAUUCAGCUUUUCUGGUCACCUGUUGGCCGCCGUCUGUUCAUUUUUCUGUCUGUCUGUAAACUUUACACAUUUUCAAUGUCUUCUCCAGAAUCGUAGGGGUAUUCACUAUUGUCAACCAAACUUGCCAUAAAGUAUCCUUAUAUAAAGGGGAUUCAAAUAUUGUUCCAAUGAAGGCAAAAGAAAAGGAGGGGGGGGGAGGGUAAUUUUAUAAGACAUUGUGAAAAUAUGGUGGCAUCAUUAAGAAGCAUCUUCUCAAGAAUGACUGGACCAGGAAAGACAAAACUUUAAUACAUGAAAGAUAAUUGUUAAUGAGUGAUGAUUCAGAAUUGUUCAAAUCAUGCUGCUCAGGGGUAGGAUGGGGCCAUAAUAAGGGAUAAAAGUUUUACAUGAGGAUAUAUAGGAAAUAAUCUUUAAAAUCUUCUGAAGAAUAACAAGGCCAUGAUUAGUCAUAAUUGUAUACAAACAUCCUCAGAAAGUGCAGAUUCAAGUUUGUUCAAUUUAAAUGUGGCUCAUGGGUGUAGGAUGUGGCCAUAAUAGGGGGUGAAAGUUUUACAUGAGAAUAUAUAAUAAAAAGCCUUCUUAUGAACUGCCAGGGUAUGAAUAGUCAUAUUGAUAGGCAAGCAUCUCAGGUAGUAGUGCAGAUUCGAAGUUGUUGAAAUCAAUAACUGCAGGGGUAGUUAGGGUGGGACCACAAUAGGGGAUUAAAGUUUUACAUGAGGAUGCAUAAGAAAAUCUUCUCGAGGAAGGGUAGGAUGGGGCCACAAUAGGGGAAUAAAGUGUUGCCUGGUGACAAAUAGGAAAAAAUCUUUUAAAAUCUUCUCAAGAAGAGGGCCAUGAUUAAUCAUACUAAUAUGCAAACAUCCUCAGGUUGCGCAGAUUUCAGUUUAUUCAAUUCAUGGGUUGGGGUUUACAUGGCAAUAUAUUAGGAAAUUUAUAUAAAAAUCUUCUCGAGACCAGUAGAGCCAUGGUUUGUCAUUUUUAUGCAAGCAAAGUUGGAAUGUAUAGAAAAUUUAAAAUAAAAAUAAAUUUCAAGAGUAGCAGGGCUACGCUAUAUAAUUCAAUAUGCAAAUGUUUGAAUUCAGAUCUUUCUCUUCAUCGACCCUGGGGUUAGGUUGGGGCUAAAUUUGUUUUACAUAAUACUUAAAUAAGGGGGGGGGGGGCAAAUUUAAAAAAAAAAAAUCUUCUCCAAAGCAGUGAGGCCAUGUUAGUCAUAUUUACAUUGAAACAUCCCCAUGUUGUGUUGAUUGAAGUUAAGGUAAGUCACAACCCCAUGCGGCUACCUUGGGGCCAUAAUUGGGAUGAAAGAGGGUAAAAAUCUUUUAAGAUCAUCUGAAGCACAGCAGGGCCAAGAUGAGCAUUGUGGCCUAUGAGCUUGAUUACAUGUGUCAUAAGCAAGGUUAAGCAGAUGCCAUCCUUCCAUCUCGAACACUUGCAGUACCUGCAGUUUUCAUUCAACAAUAUUCAACAGAACAAUACUCAGUUGUGAUUAAAGUUGUUUAAUUUCAACACUGUCCUUUUUUGAUGUGAUGCAGGUAUUCUUAUACAGUUAUAGCUAGAGAAUUUUGCUUUUAGAGUUGAAUUAAAUUUAAAUACAAUGUAUAUCAAUUUGAUCAAAUUUUACAGUUUCGAUUGUUAAUAAAGCUAAAAAUAAAA